CAGCCACGUCGCCGCCAUGGCCGACCGCGGGGGCCCGCUCGAGCCGCUGCCGCUGCCCGCCGACGUGCGGGAGGGCUUGGCCGAGCUGGAGCUGGAGCUGUCGGAAGGUGAUAUCACUCAAAAAGGUUAUGAGAAGAAAAGGGCAAAGCUGCUUGCACGCUAUAUACCACUCAUUCAAGGAGUAGAUCCGACCUCACCUGCCGAGCACAGGAUCUCUGGGUCCUCACAAACUGCAGCCACAGCACUCAAACAGCAGAAGCAACGGCCCACCAACUCCCGAGAUGAGCGCUUCCGGUCAGAUGUUCACACUGAAGCUGUGCAAGCAGCUUUGGCCAAAUAUAAAGAGCGAAAGAUGCCCAUGCCUUCAAAACGACGCUCUGUUCUCACGCACACAUCUGUGGAGACCUACACCCCUCCAGACACAUCAUCUGCCUCAGAAGAUGAGGGCUCUUUACGGCGACCCAGGCGGCUAACCUCCACUCCGCUUCAGAGCCAUUCCAACGUUGAGCCGUGGCUCGACCGAGCCAUUCAGGGCUCGUCCACCUCAUCCUCCGCAUCUUCCACCUCAUCUCACCCAGGAGGGAGACCCGCAGCCACAGGCCCCGCUGUCCACGCCCACGUAGGUGUGCACGCUGCCCCUCCCGAUGUCACCACAGGCCUUGUGGAGCACGCGCCCUGUGAGCGACCGCAGCUGGCUUCUGUGAGAGGCGUUCCUCGGGGCUGCAGUGGGAGCAUCCUGGAAACAGCAGGGGGUGUCCCUGUGAACAGCAGGGUGUCCUCCAAAAUCCAGCAGCUCCUGAACACCCUAAAGAAGCCAAAGCGUCCACCACUGAAGGAAUUUUUUGUGGAUGAUUUUGAGGAGCUAUUAGAAGUCCAACAACCAGAUCCAAACCAGCCCAAGCCUGAGGGAAGCCAGACGGUGGUUCUGAGAGGGGAACCUGUGGCCCUGGCAUCACCCUGGCCGCUGUCAUUACUGGCUGCUUUGCAGCAGUGGGGCACCAUGCAACCCAAAGCUCCCUGUCUGACUGCUCUGGACACAACGGGGAAGGCGGUCUACACCCUCACCUACGGCAAACUUUGGAGUCGGAGUUUAAAGCUAGCUUAUACUCUGCUUAAUAAACUGACUAAUAAGAAUGAACCACUACUGAAACCUGGAGACAGAGUGGCGCUGGUGUUCCCCAACAGUGACCCUGUGAUGUUCAUGGUUGCCUUUUAUGGAUGUCUCCUGGCAGAGCUGGUUCCUGUUCCCAUCGAAGUGCCAUUAACAAGGAAGGACGCCGGCAGUCAGCAGAUUGGAUUUCUGCUGGGCAGCUGUGGGGUCACCCUGGCACUGACCACAGAUGCCUGUCAGAAGGGCCUGCCCAAGGCACAGACAGGAGAGGUGGCGACUUUCAAAGGUUGGCCUCCCCUUGCCUGGCUAGUGAUCGAUGGAAAGCAUCUGGCCAAGCCACCCAAGGACUGGCAUCCAUUGACACAGGAUGCAGGGGCUGGAACUGCCUACAUUGAGUACAAAACCAGCAAAGAAGGCAGCACAGUGGGUGUCACAGUGUCCCAUGCUUCCCUGCUGGCACAGUGCCGGGCUCUGACCCAGGCAUGCGGCUACUCGGAAGCCGAAACAUUAACAAAUGUGCUGGAUUUCAAAAGGGAUGCUGGCCUGUGGCAUGGAGUGUUAACAAGCGUCAUGAACAGGAUGCACGUGAUCAGCAUCCCCUACGCACUGAUGAAGGUGAACCCACUCUCCUGGAUCCAGAAAGUAUGUUCCUAUAAAGCCCGUGCCGCUCUUGUGAAGUCCCGAGACAUGCACUGGUCUCUUCUGGCUCAGCGGGGUCAGAGGGAUGUCAGCCUCAGCUCCCUGCGCCUGCUUAUUGUGGCCGACGGUGCUAACCCAUGGUCCAUAUCCUCCUGUGAUGCUUUCCUCAACGUCUUCCAAUCCAGAGGGCUGAGACCUGAGGUCAUUUGUCCAUGCGCCAGCUCUCCUGAGGCACUGACAGUCGCCAUCCGCAGGCCACCUGACCUGGGAGGACCUCCUCCAAGGAAAGCUGUCCUGUCCAUGAAUGGUCUCAGCUAUGGCGUGAUCAGAGUUGACACUGAAGAAAAGUUGUCUGUCCUCACUGUUCAGGAUGUUGGGCAGGUCAUGCCUGGAGCUACAUUGUGUGUUGUGAAGGUGGAAGGCACCCCUCAUCUCUGUAAGACGGAUGAAGUUGGAGAAAUAUGUGUCCAUUCUGGGGCGACUGGCUCAGCUUACUAUGGACUACUGGGCAUCACCAGAAAUGUCUUUGAGACUGUGCCGGUCACUGCAGCUGGGGUACCCAUCUCCGACACGCCUUUCACCAGGACGGGGCUGCUGGGCUUCAUCGGGCCUGACAACUUGGUCUUUGUCGUGGGAAAAUUGGAUGGGCUCAUGGUGGUUGGAGUUCGCAGACACAAUGCAGACGACGUCGUGGCCACUGCCCUAGCUGUGGAGCCCAUGAAGUUUGUCUACAGAGGCAGGAUCGCUGUGUUCUCCGUGAGAGUGCUGCAUGAUGACCGCAUUGUCCUGGUGGCAGAGCAGCGGCCGGAUGCCUCUGAGGAAGACAGCUUCCAGUGGAUGAGCCGUGUGCUGCAGGCUAUCGACAGCAUUCACCAGGUUGGUGUGUACAUGUUCGCCCUGGUUCCUGCCAACACUUGCCCAAGGCUCCUCUCGAGGAAUUCAUAUUUCUGAAAACUAAGCCAGCGCUUUCUGGAGGGAAUGCUGCACCCCUGUAAUGUGCUGAUGUGUCCUCACACCUGUGUGACCAAUCUCCCCAAACCACGCCAGAAGCAACCCGAGGUCGGACCAGCCUCCAUGAUUGUGGGGAACCUGGUUGCUGGAAAGAGGAUUGCACAGGCCUCUGGGCGAGAGCUGGCCCACCUGGAGGACAGCGACCAAGCGCGAAAGUUCCUGUUCCUGCCUGACGUGCUGCAGUGGCGAGCACAUACCACUCCCGACCACCCACUGUUCCUGCUGCUCAACGCCAAGGGCACAGUCACGAGCACUGCCACCUGCGUCCAGCUGCACAAACGGGCCGAGAGGGUGGCCGCUGCUUUGACGGAAAAGGCACGACUGAGUAUUGGGGACCAUGUGGCUUUGGUGUAUCCCCCAGGAGUGGACCUCAUCGCCGCCUUCUACGGCUGCUUGUACUGUGGUUGUGUACCUGUGACCGUGCGCCCCCCACACCCUCAGAACCUUGCCACAACUCUUCCUACUGUCAAGAUGAUUGUGGAGGUCAGCAAAUCUGCGUGCGUGCUCACCACACAGGCCAUCAUGAGGCUGCUGAAGUCCAAGGAAGCCACAGCUGCUGUGGACGUCAGGGCCUGGCCCACCAUCCUAGAUACAGAUGAUCUACCGAAGAAGAGAGUGGCCAGUAUCUUCAGGCCCUCCACACCUGAGGUACUCGCAUACCUGGAUUUCAGCGUGUCUACCACGGGCAUCUUGGCGGGUGUGAAGAUGUCACAUGCAGCCACAAGCGCCUUGUGCCGCUCCAUCAAACUGCAGUGUGAACUGUACCCCUCAAGGCAGAUCGCCAUCUGCCUGGACCCUUACUGUGGCCUUGGCUUUGCCCUGUGGUGCCUGUGCAGUGUCUACUCAGGCCACCAGUCAGUGCUGGUGCCCCCACUGGAGCUGGAAAGCAAUGUGUCCCUGUGGCUGUCGGCCGUAAGCCAGUACAAGGCGCGUGUCACCUUCUGCUCCUACUCUGUGAUGGAGAUGUGCACCAAAGGCCUGGGCACGCAGACUGGCCUCCUCAGGACAAAGGGGGUGAGCCUGUCCUGUGUGCGUACAUGCAUGGUGGUCGCAGAGGAGCGGCCGCGGAUCGCCCUGACGCAGUCCUUCUGCAAGCUCUUCAAAGACCUGGGCCUGCCCGCACGCGCUGUGAGCACCACCUUCGGCUGCAGGGUCAACGUGGCCAUCUGCCUGCAGCCCAACAGGCUGGGAAAGCUGGCUGAGCAGGGUACAGCGGGUCCGGACCCCACCACCGUCUACGUGGACAUGAGGGCACUGCGGCACGACAGGGUGCGUCUGGUGGAACGGGGAUCUCCACACAGCCUGCCGCUGACAGAGUCUGGAAAGAUCCUCCCGGGAGUGAAGGUCAUCAUUGCCCAUACGGAGACCAGGGGACCCCUAGGAGACUCUCACCUGGGCGAGAUCUGGGUGAGCAGCCCCCACAAUGCUACUGGCUACUACACAGUGUACGGGGAGGAGGCCCUGCACGCCGACCACUUCAGUGCCCGACUGAGUUUUGGAGACACCCAGACCAUUUGGGCGAGGACUGGCUACCUAGGCUUUCUGCGAAGAACAGAGCUCACAGAUGCCAGUGGAGAGAGGCAUGAUGCACUGUAUGUCGUGGGCUCUCUGGAUGAGACGCUGGAGCUGAGAGGCAUGAGGUACCACCCCAUCGACAUCGAGACAUCUGUGAUCCGAGCACACCGGAGCAUUGCUGAGUGUGCUGUGUUCACAUGGACCAACCUCCUGGUGGUGGUGGUGGAACUGGAUGGUCUCGAGCAGGACGCGCUGGACCUGGUGGCACUGGUGACCAAUGUGGUGCUGGAGGAGCACCACCUGGUGGUGGGUGUCGUGGUCAUCGUGGACCCCGGAGUGAUCCCCAUCAACUCCCGGGGCGAAAAGCAGCGCAUGCACCUGCGUGACGGCUUCCUGGCUGACCAGCUUGACCCUGUCUAUGUGGCCUACAACAUGUGAGCCCACACAUGUCAGCCCAGUGUGGCCCACACACGCCCAGUCCAGCUCCAGGACAUGUUGUAUGUGCUACCCUGGCCGUCUCUGCCCUUUGCUCUGUCCCUAAGCGACAUUCUAGAAACCACUUUCUAAAUGAUCUGGAGAGACAUUUCUUCUGAGAACAUUUGCAAAAGCACCAGUUGACGGACGGUGGGUGGGCAGGGAGAAGUGGCCAGGCCAGGGGGGCUUGUGGCACAUGCACAGCAUUUCUCUGCUGCAUUGCAAGUUUGCACUUAGCUUUGUAAAGAAGUUAGACAGAAAACAACUCUGAGGACCUCAGAGCAAGUGUCAUACUUUGAAGGAAGAGCAGAAGUCGGAAGGGCUUGUGCAAAAGGGAAUGGUCCUGACUCCCUCCUGCACUUGGAGGUGGACUGUGAGCACGGGCACUUGGUCCUUUUACUCAUGCCAGAGGUGCCACCAAGCAUGCCCUGUGCCAUGGAACUUGGGAAGUGCACGUGUGAGCUAGGAGGUAGCUGCUGAGGCGUGGAAAGACAGACAAGCUUUUAGUUUUUGUUUCUUGGGUUUUUUUUUAGUUCCUCCUCAUGCUGCUUUAUCGAUUUCCUAGCGACGUGAGUUCUUGUACACACCAGUUUUUAAUCCCAUGUCAGCAGACCCAGAGACGCUGGUGGCAGGCAGGGAUAAAAUUCUUGCCUCAGUGCCAUGUGCUGAGCACCCACCUCAGCCUCACCCCACGCUCGGCCUCACUCUGGCUUCAUAGUUUGAGUUGUGUGCCUAUAAAAUAUGACCAAACUGUGUCCAGGUAUUUUAUUCAAACUCAACUAACCUGAAUGAUCUAAUAUUAUAGUAGAUCUCAAUGGAAGAGAGAAUGUAAAAUCCUUUAGAUACUUCUAAAAAUUUGAGGUUGAACUCUAAUCUAAGACAUAGAUUAUUUUUAUACAGCUAAUGAAGAAUAUGUUAGGGAGUUGUUGGGUUUGGGAGGAACUCGGGGAGAGAAAGUUUAUAACUCAUGCAUGCUUCAUAGAAACAGCCAGAUUCUUCUGAAAUUACCCCGAAUCAGUGCUUGUUAGAGUGGUUCUAAUUCUCACCAAAUGGGUCUUUCCACUGACCCAGCCGCUUCUCACUCUCAUUUGGCUACAGUCGGUGCACAGUGGCUCUAGAUGCUGUGGUACUGGACUUCCACGUAGUGUGUGGUGACGUACUGAAAAUCUAACGGUCCCGUUGUAAUUAUGUACAUAAUCCAUGUAACUUAUUAUUUGACAUCCAGAGGUUUUCAAGGCAGACUAGUCACGCUCCUUAUAAUAGAAUGGCUGGGAGGGAAAAGAGUUCCCUAACCCUCAUCUUGAUGUUGUAGUUUUAUAGCAAAUACUGUAAAAUUUUUGUAUUGGAAGGUCAGUGGCAGUUAAGACAAGAUGUCUUGUAAAUUAAUAUUUUAAGAAGCAUAUUAGUUUAAAAAUACUCUAUGGGAAUUCUGUAUAUCACACUAAAAUUUUUAUAUAAUGUUAAUAAAAGUUAUUGACUAUUUGUAA